AUGACGUCGUCCAACCCCUCCUCGCCCUCGCGCGCGCGCGCCCGCGUCUCCGCGUCGCCUGACGUGGAGCACGCGCGAACGUCCGUCCGCGUCCGAACACCGAGCGCGUUCGCGUGCGCCGCGUGUGCGAAGACGCUGGAGUUUGUCAACGUGCCCGAGCGCAGUCGCAACGCGCCGAUGGAGGAGUCAUUCGUCAUCUUGGCCCCGGAGCUCGCUUUACGGGCGAGGAAAACGCUCGGGGAAGAGGCAUGGCGACGACACGCGCUCGGGGGCGACGCGGUAUCGAGAGAGGGCGGGAUGGAGGCCUCGUUUGUGGUUCUCCCGGAGCGCGCGGAAAAGAGCGGGAUCGAGCCGAGCGUCAUGGCGCGCGUGUUCGACGUCGCGAGCGAGUUGAGCGAGCGAGAUCAUCCUUUGUGUGACGCGUGUUCGUCGUUGGCGUUGACGGAGGUGGAGCGACGGACGCGAGAGGUGGAGGCGGAGUGCGCGGCGUACGAGGAGGCGCUGGAGCGGUUGCGAGAGGCGGAGACGGAGGAAGGGAGUGGGGCUGGGGUGAGCGACGUAGGGGGGACGUCGAAGGCGAUAUCAACCGCGGUUAUGGACAUGGAAAAGGCGGAACGCGACGCCGAGGAGACGCUUCGUGAGUUGGAAUUGGAGCUCGAGUCGACGCGCGCGGCGAGGAGCAAGCUCGCGAAAAAGGCGGCGGCAUUGGAUGAGGCAGAGGAUACGUAUUGGCGCGAGUUUCACGCGUUUAAGAGGAAUUUGAACUCGCACUUAGAGAAGCGAGAUUCGAUUUUGACGCGAACGGAACAAGCGCAGGCGCAUCUGGAUCGAUUGGAGAAGACAAACGUUUUCAACGACUCAUUUCACAUUUGGACGGAUGGUGCGUUUGGCACGAUCAACGGCUUUCGUCUCGGUCGGCUUCCGAACGUCAUGGUGGAGUGGGACGAGAUCAAUGCCGCGUUUGGUCUGGCGUGCCUACUCUUGCACUCGAUGGCUCGCAUCUGCAAGUUUACCUUCACGCAGUACACUCUCAAGCCAAUGGGGAGUUUCCCGAAGGUGAGCGACGCAAAUGGCGGCGUGUUCGAGCUCUUCGGGCCGGUGUCCAUAAUAUCGUCGCACAAGUACGACAAAGCUGUGCUGGGUUUUCUCACGUGUCUCUCAGAGCUGAGCGAAUUCAUGAAAGCGCGCGAUGUGCGCCAGGGAGUGAACCCACCGUUCCAGCUUCCAUUCACAAUUUCAAACGACAAGGUGGACGGGAAGAAGAUGUCGUUCACGUUCAAUCGAGACGAAAACUGGACGUACGCGCUCAAGCUCAUGCUCACAGAUUUGAAGUUGAUGCUCGCGUGGCUGAGUCACAAAGAUUAG